AUGGCCGAGUGUGAAGGCGUCGACGCCACCUCACCUCCAUAUUUCAGUGGUGCGAACCGCUCUGACCACGGCCCCGUACUUGGCAAGGCCCCAAAGAGGCACCGGUGCAGCUUCUGUCACUACUCCAGCGAUUACAUGGCUCAUGUGAAAAUGCACAUGAGAAUUCACACUGGAGAGAAGCCUUAUGUGUGCCAAGUGUGCUUCAGGAGAUUUUCGCAGAAGGCCGCCCUCGGCAGACAUUCGAAGGCGAUCCACGAGGGCCAGAGGAACUACCUGUGCUCCGUCUGUGCUAACCACUCCCACCGCAACCCAGCACUUGCCACAAACGAGUCUCCAGGAAAGCAUCAGAGGGUCAAGAAGGAGGAGGGGGGGCACCACUGUCGUUUCUGCAACUACUCCAGCGAUCACGCGGCCGAUGUUAAAAUUCACGAGAAACUUCACACCGGAAAGAAGUCCUAUGUGUGCCAGGUGUGCUUCAUGGGAUUCACAAAAAAGAGCAACUUGAGCAGGCAUUCACAAGCGGUUCACGAGGACCAGAGGAGUCACGUGUGCCUCAUUUGCGGGAGCGGAUUUAAACGGGAACAGCAUCUGCAGCGUCACAAGAGGUUGCACUUCAAAUAG